CCCGGAAGUGGAAAAAGGACUCAUUGGGCUGGGUUUGUCAUGAAUACCUGGCAACCCUGACUCAAACUGAAAGUAAAAACAGAUAAGGUACUGUAGGUUAUUUCCAGAGUAAAUAGAAUAGGCUGGUAUUUAGAAAGUGUAUGACCGAGAAGUUGUUGAGGUAUUCUGAAGGCUCUGGCUAUGGCGUCUAAACGUUCCUUCUCUGAAGAGGACUUCACGUGCCCUGUGUGUUGUGAUGUGUUUAAGGAGCCCGUGCUCCUGUCGUGCGGUCACAGCGCGUGCAGCAGCUGCGUUCACCGGUACUGGGACAUCAAACGCUGCCGAGAAUGUCCACUUUGCAGGAAACGAUCCGCGAUAAACCCUACGAUCAACCUGGCUCUGAAAAACCUGUGUCAGACCUUCCUGGAGGUCCGAGGUGAUCCCGAGACACUCUGUGACAUCCAUGGAGAGAAGCUGAAACUCUUCUGUGUGAAUGACGGACAGGCCGCGUGCUUGGUGUGCAGAGAUUCCAGCAAACACCUACAGCACCGCUUCAUCCCUGUCGACGAAGCAGCUGCUGAACAAAAGGAUGUUCUUAAGAAUGCAGUGAAUACAAUGAAAAUGAAAAUUAAGAGCCUUCACGAUGCCCAGGUUAAUUUUCAUCGAAAUGUAUAUCACAUAAAGCAACAGGCCAAGUACAUGAAGAAGCAGAUUAAUGAGGAGUUUCGGAAACUUCAGCAGUUUCUGCAAGAUGAAAAUGCAGCCAUGAUGACUAAACUGGAGGUGGAAGUGCAUCAGAAAACAGAGAGUCUGGAAAACAAAAUAGAAAAAACUAAACAAGAGAUUCUGGCUCUCACAAACACUAUUGGAGACAUAAAAGUGGAAUUGCAAUCUGAAGACAUCAAAUUCCUGAAGAACUUUGAGACAAAUAUGGCAAAAGUCCAGUACAAAGAUUCAGAUCUAAAUAUUACUUCAGGAGAAGUGAUCAGUGUUGCAAAGUACCUGGGCAAUCUGCAGUUCCAAGUCUGGAACAAAAUGCAGAGUUUCAUCAAAUACACUCCUGUUAUCUUGGAUCCGAACACAGCUCACUCGCAGCUCAUCCUGUCCCCGGAUCUGACCAGCGUAAGAGACAGUGAUGAUGACCAUGAAGACCAGAAUGACGUGCUGAGACCUCCAGUUUUGGACACUCCUGAGCGGUUUAGGAGUUUGUGUGUCCUGGGCUCAGAGGGCUUCUCUUCAGGGCUGCACUGUUGGGAUGUUGAGGUGGGAAACAGCACCUUCUGGAUGCUCGGUGUGACCACGGAGUCGGUUCAGAGAAAAGAACCCAAUGUUUUUCCCAGCGGUGCUUGGGGUAUUGGGUAUGAUGACCAAAAGCUGUGUGCUAGGUCUCCUUCAGAAACAUAUACUCCUCUCACUUUGGCUGCCAAACCCCAGGUGGUCAGAAUUCGUCUGGACAUGGAUUUAGGGGAGGUGUGGUUCUUAGAUCCUGCCAGUGAUGCCGUUAUCCACAUGUUCUCUCACCAUUUCACUGAGAAGGUCUUUCCAUUCUUCCACAGCAUGUGCAGUCUGUCUCCUCUGAAGAUUAUGCCUCUCCAGCCUUUUGUGGUGCUGAGAAAGCUCCCUUAAUGCUCUUAAUGUUUCUGCAGGUUGUACUAGCAAUGACUCAUGCUGCUGUGGACAUUAUGGACAAUGGAAAUACACAUGAUGAUACAGUUUUGUUUUGCUUUCUGUAUCUUCCACAGAUAAGGGGGAACGCAAUGGAGUAUGACAUCAUUAAAUCCGGGACAUAAUACAUGACGUUUUAUUCGGAAAUGCACUUUAAUACUUUUACAAGUUCUGUAUAUCUUCUAUAUCUUUAGCUUUGCCAUUAGUUAUACUCAAACUGUGUGCUUACUCAUUACAUAGCUCAGGGGAUGUUUUCUUUCGGUUUUCACCCUGGUUUUCCCCUAGUUGAUUACUUCAUACUUGGAAGUUUUCAAAUGAUAUUUCCAUUAAGUGUAACAGGUGAACACACAGUUGGAAAGAGGUCUUCUGCAUUUUCCCACUUUUCAGUAGCAGAUAUUAAUAACACUAAAUGCUGUCUCAAAUACUGGCUUUUUUCAAAUGCAAAGCACCUCAGUGAACCGGCUUGUAACUCACUCACGUACUUACUCAGUGACUCACAUUUAGCUUGUUGAAAAUUUUCCACUAGAGGCAGCUCUUGGCUCUCUAGUAGUUUUGUAUGGACCAGUACAAUGCAGUAUUUCCCACACGUACGUUAUACUUGGGCAGUGCAUUUCAACAAAUCAAAUCAACACACCUUGCUUUGAUUUUCGAAUUAGACUUUCAGGAUGUUGUUCAAAUUUAGUAACUGAUGAAUAGAUUCAAAUGUAAAUUUAACAUUUUUGAUGACUCGAGAUGGAUUUAACCAAUGUGAUCUCUUGAUUCCUCAGUCCUACAUCCUUCAAGACCCAUGACCCAAAAAUCAUUGGAAGACCACCAUCUUUUAGGACAUAACAGUUCUCAAACAAUAACAAGAACCACAGAUAUAAAUGAACAGAUAUAAAUCUCGAAUAAAUAAACGAUGGGUAAACAUUGAGGGCCUAAGUACUGUUCUGUACAAGCAGAUCAGUUUCCCUUUAAAUUUGCUUUAAAUUGAUGCUUCAGUGAGCAAGGAUGUCUCAUUUAGUAACUAUGUUUGCCCUCAGUGGUUUCAAGGGGAAGACUUUUAAUCCACCACAACCAGUGAACUGUGCAGGUGAAUCUGCAGCAUCAGUUCAGUGACAUGCAUUCAAAAUUGUUUUAACUUUUGCAAAAUUAUUUUGUUAAUAAUAUAGUGCAAUUACUGUGACAUUAUUCUUAGUGGCAUAUAUAAAGCCUUAUUUAAAAGCUCAUGGUACAUUCUGGCAAUCUAGCUCGGUUAGCGAUCUGGCUUUAGACAGAACCACUAAAUUCAAAACUUUAGGGUGCAGUUAGGAGUCUGUGUACGGCACAUGAGAGCGAAGGAUUAUAAACGUAUAAAAUCAACUGCAUCAAGAAUGUAAAUUGUCAUCUGAUUUACAUUAAACAUGCUUUACUUUA